CACCUUUAAUGUGAUUUCCCCCAUCCUUGUUCUCGUUUGCUGACGCUCCAUUCCGCGCGUGGCACACCUCUUCAGCACCUCCAUUUUUCUGCUUGAAUAGUGAAUACUUCUGAAUUUCACCAUCACUCGGCCACGGAAGCCAUUUCCAAGUGCUGCUACAGAAUCUGUGACAUAAAAAUUUGCCGAAAUGAGCAACAAGGAAAUAAAGGUGAGAGCUGCAAAUGCCUUUCGUGCUAUGAAGGCUAUUGGGAUCUCCGAAGAUAAAGUGAAACCGGUGUUGAAGAAUUUGGUGAAAUUGUAUGAUAAAAACUGGGCGCUCAUUGAAGAGGAAAAUUAUAGAGCCCUUGCUGAUGCUAUAUUUGAGAGAGAGGAAGCAGAAGCACAACAGCGUCCAAAGAAGGAUGUGAACACUGAAGCAGCUGAGCGUCCAAAGAAGAUUGUGAAUGGUGAAAAAGAGGACUAUUUGGAGGAAGAAGCUCAGGCAACUGAAGAGCCAGAAAGGCCUUUAAAAAGGUUACGACUUAGAUACCGAGAUGGUCAAAGUUCAUCUGUGAGUAUGCCUGAGAGUAGCGUUCACAGGACGCCGCUUGUCAGGCCCAAAGAAGAACCAAAUGAACUGCCUGAAACCUGUCCCCUGAAGCUAAAUGCAUCACAAGGCAGAGCUGGGACACCUCAACCCAGUGCUGAAAACAGAAAGGUUAAUUCUCAGGCUGCCUCAUGCCCUUUACCUGGUAAAAGUACAGGAAAGCAACCUAUUUCUUCCAAGUCCUUGGUUGCCACUGACGGAUGUGAACCCUGCUGGCCCAGCAGCAUUGAUUUGAAUCAUCAAGAUACCCAAUUAAUAACUGAAACCAGAGCUCCUCAACCCAUUGGGCUUAGAGACAGAGGAAAGGGAUCUGACUAUCCCCAAAUACCAUCCGGGGAAGAGAGAUCAGUUCGGGAGAGUUCACGCCAUGCUGUGUGUCUUAAAGAGCCAAAGGUUGAGCCUGGCAUUAUUCUGUCACCCAAAGAGAAGAGCAGCGGGUGUCAUGCUUUAAUUAAGCCUAAAGAUGAGCCAGUCACAGAUGUAUUUCUGCCUUUGGAGGUUCCUCUUGCUGUCAUUCAUCCAGAUUCAUCUGAUGAUGGAGAUUCAUCGAGUAGGAAUGCUACAAUUAGAGAACAUGACAGUCUUGAGCCCUCAGUUCUACAAUUGAUGAAUGAAAAAGAAACAGCCGAUAGCACUGCAACUCCAAAUGGACUGAGAAACAACAGGGAGCUGGCAAUAUUCUCAGGUCAACAUUCUUCUGACCUAGAGAUUGCAUCCUCCCCUUCUGGGGAGGUUAAAAUUUCCUUGAGCUGCCGCUUGGCUCUUGAAAGACCUGAGUUCAAUAUGCCAAGUCUCGAAACAGUUCUAAAAUCAGUGGAGGAAAAAUAUCUCAGGUCAUCCAAAACUUUUGACCCAAGUUUUUCAGUGAUCAAUCUUAUGAAGGAAAUAUGUCAAUGCUUUCGGAAGUUAGGAUCUGACUCCAAUAGUGAGUCUCCAGCAACCAUAAGUGUGACUUCGGCCACUGGUGUACUGAAUGAAUCAUCUGCCAGAGAUGCUAUUGCUGCUAGAGGCCUGUGCUUUAGUUCUUUGAAUGGGUCAGUUGAUUCUCAGUCUGAUGCCGAGGGAACUCUGCCAAAACCACCUGCAUUUCCUUCAUCUUGCAAUGAUGUAGAUGAUGGCUCUCAUCCGGAAAAGACGGACGGUAUAGACGUCCAUGGAGAAGAUAUAGACAACAGAAAGAUGUGCGCUGAAGAAUGGGGUGAUCUGAGCUUGGAGGUUAUCCAGCAGCCCCAGGUAACUCCUGCAAUGAUCAGGUCACUUCAUGAUGUUUUUGACAUAGCCAACGGACAAGAGAAAGUUGUGAUUGCACUGGUGAAUGAAGUCAAUAAUGAGUGUCCGCCGUCUUUCCACUACAUACCCCAAAAUGUGGUUUUCCAAAAUGCAUAUGUGAAUUUCUCUCUGGAUCGCAUUGGAGAUAAGAAUUGCUGUUCUUCAUGUUCUGUGGAUUGUUUGGCAUUAUCUACAUCUUGUGCAUGUGCUCAUGCAACUGGAGGUGAGUUUGCAUACACAAUAGAUGGCGUCAUUAAAGAGGAACUUCUUAAAGAGUGUAUUUCCAUGAAUCAUGAUCCAAUGAAACACUGCCAGUUUUUCUGUAACAAAUGUCCUUUGGAAAGCUCAAAAGGCGAGGAUAUGGUUGAACCUUGCAAAGGGCAUUUAGUGAGGAAGUUCAUCAAAGAAUGUUGGUGGAAAUGUGGCUGUAAUAAACAGUGUGGCAAUCGAGUCGUACAGAGAGGAAUAACUCGCAGUUUACAGGUGUUCAUGACCCAUGAAGGAAAAGGGUGGGGUCUGCGUACUCUAGAAGACCUGCCAAAAGGUGCUUUUGUUUGUGAGUAUGUUGGAGAAGUUUUAACCAGUGGAGAGCUCUUUGAUCGUGUUAUAAGGAGUUCCAAAGGGGAGAAAAAUUCAUUUCCUGUGCUUCUUGAUGCUGAUUGGGGUGCUGAAAGAGUGCUGAAAGAUGAAGAAACUCUUUGUUUAGAUGCUACAUAUUAUGGAAAUGUUGCAAGGUUUAUUAAUCACAGAUGUUAUGAUUCAAACUUAGUGGAAAUACCAGUAGAAGUGGAGACUCCGCAUCACCACUAUUAUCAUCUCGCCUUCUUCACUACAAGAAAGGUGAAGGCCAUGGAAGAGCUCACUUGGGAUUAUGGCAUUGAGUUUGAUGACUAUGACCACCCUCUUAAGGCAUUUCAUUGUCAAUGUGGCAGCAAAUUCUGCCGCAACAUAAAACGUUCAAGAUCCAGAGCUGCAAGAAGAUGAUGGCUAUGUAGUUU